AUGUCGUGCUGGUCCCCCAAUACGGAGCGGGCUUCAGGCAUCAUUAAUGCCGGCUCUACCACAAAACGCGGUGAACUCGUCAACAUUGUCUUAGACUACAUUACUACCACCAUCAUCUCAGCCAUAGAGUGCCAGGCUGCCAUCGAAGCCCAGGAGAACUAUGUCGGAACCUAUGUAUCCACCGUUCCAAGCCUCAAUUCAUCUAUGACAAUCGCGUUCAAUAAAUCCACCACCACGACACCCAAUUCUGGACUCAGUAUCUCCGAAUGGAUUUCUAAUGGUACCGAUAUGUUGAACUCAGAUCUCUUCUUGGGCCUCAGGCCCCGUCUCCUGCCCAGUAUCCUCAAGCAAACGCCCGACAGAGAAAAGGGAGAAGUUGCCUUCCAAGCUUCGUUGAUGGAACAGACCAAUUCCUACUUUGGACCGGGUGCUGCGAAGGAUGGAGCUAUUGGCCCGUUUACUGGACAGUAUAAGACGAAUAACGACUCGCUGGUUACGGAUGCGACACAUUAUGGCGGGAAGGGGACUUGUCUGUUUGUGUUUGAAGUUGAUGGCGAUGGGGGGGCUACUGCUGUUAGUCCUGCGGCGGCAAGGGUUAAGCUGGAGAGAAAGGAGUAG